UGACAUUGACAGCAAGUGCACAAUUCUUUUCUAACCUAAAAAUAAAAGUUGUUUGAGGUAAACAAAUUAUUAAGCGCAUAUUGAUUUCUUUUAUUUAUUUCUUAUUGGUAUCUGUAACUUCAAGUUCAAUAAAUCAAAAUGCUACCUCUAUCGCUACUACGUACAGCUCAGAACCAUCCAAUGCUUGUGGAAUUGAAAAAUGGUGAAACUUACAACGGUCACUUAGUCAGUUGCGAUAACUGGAUGAAUAUCAACCUUAGGGAAGUUAUUUGCACAUCAAGAGACGGCGAUAAGUUCUGGAGGAUGCCUGAAUGUUACAUCAGGGGUAGUACGAUAAAAUAUUUGAGGAUUCCUGACGAAGUUAUUGACAUGGUAAAGGAAGAGACGCAAGUCAAAGCAAGAGGUCGGAGCGAGGUUUCUAAAGGCCGAGGUGGUGGUCAAAAUAUGAGAUCGAGCCGAGGUGGUGCCAGAGGUGCGUUCGGAAACAGAGGUAGACCCGCGCCGUUAGCUAGGGGAGGCGGGAACACGGGACGACCACAGAAUAAAAAUAAUAAUAAAAAGUGAAUAUAGGCUAUUUCAGACUGUGUAUUUAAUAAAUUAAGUUCUUUGAUAAGCUA